AGAUUAUACUCACUUUUGUUAGUGUCGCCUAAAGUGGAAAAGGCUCGCAUCGACAAAAGCCGUUCAGGCCAUGUAAAAACUACUCCUCUAGGAAAAGAAAGCACAUUAAAUUGCGUUUACACUGGUAACCCCCCACCUAAGGUGCACUGGACAAAAGACGGCAAGAAACUGGACACCAAUUGCAAGUACUGUGUACAGAAAGUAGAAAAUAUGGACGGAGUGAGUGCGUUACGCGUGACUCCCUAUCGUGACAUUGACUUUGGCGACUACAAGUGUAGAGCCCGAAACAGACUAGGAUUUGGUGACAUCACGAUAAAGCUUCAGGAGGAUAAAACGAAAAGUAAGUUUCUGCGUUAAGCAAAGGUUGCAACGCAACCGCCUUCAGGCUUGUAUUUUUUUCCUGAUCCCUAUAAUCAGUGCGAAAGAAUAUAAUGUAUUUCUUCCCUUAAAAAUGGGCCCUUCCCAUUUUUGAAGGGAAAACCCCUGGAGACGAGGUCAGAUGGCAGGCGCGUGCGGGCGUGGAGGGUGCGUGAAGCACCAGCAAGCGAACUCGCGCUCCACACCCUCCUCGCGCUUAGCCUUCAGUAUCACGGUGAUGCUCCUUUGAAAGAAAAGCUAAAACAAAUGACGCCUUUUCUGCAGGCUAAACUCUUUAGAACUUGCUUUGAACGACAGAUUUUAAUUCUUUUCUCUAUAGUCAGCCACAAAUCUGAGAUAUCUCCUCUCAUGAGGCGUGGACGUGUCCACGCGGUCAGGCACCCUAGCCUGCGUAGCAGGCGUUUUUUCUCCCUUCCUCCUCGCGCUCCCUUCGCGUUCUCUCGCGCCUAAAACCCCUAUCCCUUCACUUUCAAACACCUGCCACGCAGACUACCAGUAGGCACACUGAGAAGUUUUAUUUUCCAUUUCCCUUGCCCCCUACUUUCGGAAAAGACCUCUUGAAACGAUUGCCGGUGCCCGGGAUGACUGACUUGUUCCACUCAACUAGGGGUGGUAAAAUUUAGCCAUACAAACAAAACUGAUUAAUUCCAUAUCAGCUUAAUUCUACCCGGUUUUGAUGACACCCAACUUCGUUCCCUCGGCAAAAUCUCCAGGAGCGAAUGGGUUAAGCAAAGUACCAAGCUUUUUGAAAAUAAUCCACUUUUCAGCAUAAAACAACCAAAUCUGUCUAUUUCAUGUAAAAUCAGUUGAAAAACUUGGUAAAAGGCCAUUUUUAGGUUUUUUGAUUAACCCAUUCGCCCCUGAACCGCCCGUAACCGCCCGUGCGGAUCCAGGUCCUUUCUACCCUUUGUGACGUCAUCAGUUUUAACGGUCAAGGACAACUUUCUUCGCUGACUUGUGCAGAGUGAAGAGAUCUUUCGAACCAUACCGGAAUGAGCACAACUCUCUCUUUAGGAGAGAACCCCUCAUUGGUAAAGAUUCAGGAUUUUGGCGGUUUUAAACGAACUAUGAUAUCUUCUAGAUUCCACGCAAUGUCAACGAGACCGCAUCGUUGCGCGUGACCCAAGACUGCGACUCGAAUUUCUGCCUCGAUGCAAUGCAAACGGUGCGUAUCACGUGAUCCAAUGUUCUAUUCAUCUGGACACGUGCUGGUGCGUGGACCAAUCAGGGCAUAAGAUCGCAGACGCUGUAGAUGGUGGGAACGGAAAGCACUGUGGAGAAAAGCCAAGAGGUAAAACACUGUCUUCUUGCGGAAUUUGUAUUCCUCUUCCCAUUAUGAUCAUGACAGGCCCAAAUUUGGUCCAAAAAUAA